CUCCUCCUCUUCACUGUUCCCUUCUCCCUUCCUCUACACUUUUCUCUCUCCAAUUCCGAAAAACGCCAAAAAAACUUUUAGAAAAACACAAUCUUAAAAAUGUUGUUCCCAGCAGUCCUUUCUAGGGUUGUUGAAUGGCUUGUUUAUCAACUCUUUGGCAACUCUUGCUUCCGAGCCGCAAGAAAAAUGAGAAACUACGGUUUCCAUCUUUUGAAAAACCCUUCUUUUAAAUCAACAACUCAACAACACUUCCAACAACCACAACAACAACAACAACAAAAUCCUCCAAGUUUGUCUAAACACUUAGAUUUAAUUAUGGGCCGACAUUUUAAUACCAUGGUUUGUGAUUUUAAUGCUACAUUAUUAAGAUCACAAUCUUUCUUCCCUUUUUUCAUGUUGGUUGCUUUUGAAGGUGGUAGUUUAAUAAGGGCAUUUCUUUUGCUCUUUUCGUACCCUUUUAUUUGGAUUUUAGACUAUGAUUCUCAACUCCGCGUUAUGAUUUUCAUUACGUUUUGUGGCCUUAAAUUAAAAAAUAUGGCUUGUGUUGAAAGGACGGUUUUACCCAAAUUUUACCUCGAGGAGGUUAACUUUCACGUGUAUCAAGCCAUAAGUAGCUCGAAUUCAAGGGCUGUUUUUACGAGUGUGCCAAGGGUAAUGGUGGAAGGGUUUCUUAAGGAAUAUUUGAAGGUUGAUCAAGUUUUUGGCACUGAGUUGCAUACAAUAGGAAAUUACUAUUCUGGCCUUUUAUCUUCUGGUUUGCUUGUUAAGCAUAGGUCACUUAAGGAAUGUUUUACAGAUCAAAUACCAGAUUUAUGCAUUGGAAAUUCAACCUUCCCUGAUCAGUUCUUCAUGUCCUUUUGCAAGGAGGCAUAUGUUGUGGACCUGCAAGAAGAUGACAAUAAACCCUGCAACAACGAGGCAAUACCAAAAAUAAUGCCAAGGGAAAAAUAUCCAAAACCCUUAAUAUUCCAUGAUGGAAGAUUAGCCUUCCUUCCUACACCAUCAGCUACCCUAUGCAUGUUCAUGUGGCUUCCCUUAGGCAUACUUCUUGCCAUUUUCCGGCUUCUCGUGGGCGUUUACUUGCCGUUCAAGUUAUCUAAUUUGCUAGGUCAAAUGAGCGGCAUUCGACUAAGGAUCAAGGGAAAGUCCCUUAAUCUAAACCCUAGUAGCGGUCACAAAGGAGUCCUAUACGUCUGCACGCAUAGGACUCUUUUGGACCCCGUAAUGCUAGGCGUAUGUCUUAAGAAACCCUUAACUGCGGUUACUUAUAGCCUAAGUAAAACCUCAGAGAUCAUUGCACCUAUAAAAACAGUCAGGCUAACACGUGACAGAAAAGUUGAUGGUGAAACAAUGGAAAGACUAUUAAAGGAAGGAGACCUUGUUGUAUGCCCAGAAGGGACUACAUGUAGGGAGCCAUACUUGUUAAGGUUUAGCUCAUUGUUUGCUGAAUUAGCUGAUGAUAUUGUGCCAGUUGCAUUAGACACAAAGGUGACCAUGUUUUAUGGGACAACUGCAAGUGGGCUCAAAUGUUUAGACCCAAUAUUCUUUUUAAUGAACCCAACCCCUAUUUAUUACCUUCAUGUGUUAGGGAAGGUGCCUCGAGAAAUGACCUGUGCUGCUGGUCGAUCAUGUUUUGAAGUGGCUAACCAUUUGCAAACACAACUGGCUAAUGCCUUGGGUUUUGAGUGUACUACACUUACUCGGAAGGACAAGUACUUAAUGUUGGCAGGGAACGAAGGACGGGUCGGUCCGUGAUAUAUAUCUCUUCAUACACGAAAUAUAUAUUUCUGGAGUUGAAACGGCUACCCAUCAGUCCAUCACUUUAAUAGAUCUUGUAGGCGGAUGAUGACACAUAUCUUCAUUAUAAUUAACCUAGCUAAUAAGUUUAUUAUUUUUUUGUUUUCUUUUUUUGGAUGUUCAUCCAAUUUAGGAUGAGUUGUAGGAUAUAGAAAUUUAGCAAUAUUAGUUAUAUAUAAAUAGUAGUAGGAGAUUAUUUAUGGAUCUUUUAAUUUAGUUUUCUUAUGCAUGUUACCCCAACCCUUUUUUGGCUAUAUUACAAUGUAACAGACGAAUAUGCAUAAAUAUUGUAGUAGGUCAGUUUUUAUUAUUUGGA